UCAAUGCCUAAACGCUCACUUUCAUUUGACCGCAGAGCUGUUGUAUUCUAUUCAUUUCCUCCAGUUUCACGAUUCAGUAAACAUAUUUUUCUUAAAUUUCCAGUGGUUCAACUAACCCAAAUCUUCAGGAUGGCUUGCCGAGACCAGAAUGCCGCCAACUUCUUGAACGAAGGCAAGAAGAUUGUGGGCGUAGCUCUCAAUUACAUGGACGUUGUGAAGGCCAGAAACGUUCCGGUGCCCAAGGAGCCGCUCGUCUUCCUCAAACCCACCACAUCAUAUCUCCAGGAGGGUCAGCCAAUAGUGUUGCCCAAAGUCUUCACCAAGGUGGCCUAUGAAGUGGAACUUGGCGUGGUGAUUGGAAAGACCUGCAAGAACGUCUCCAAAGAAGAUGCCUUAAACUAUGUGGCCGGAUACUGUUUGGCCUUGGAUCUCACGGCUCAAUGCAAUUUGGGGGCAGCCCGAGCGGCUGGUCAUCCAUGGACCUCCAAGUUUAUACCCCUCGAUCAAGUGAAGGAUCCACACAACCUGCCGCUUUGGCUCACGGUCAACGGUGUCGUAAAGCAAAAGGGAUGCACCGCGGACCUGAUAUUCAAGGUGCCCGAUAUUAUUUCCUACGUGUCCAAGUACAUGACCCUGGAGCCCAACGAUCUAAUCCUCACCGGAACGCCCGAUGGUUCGGAUGCCUUCAAGGCUGGGGAUGUGAUUGAGUGCGGAAUGGCGGAGCUAGCCAAACUUACUUUCCAAGUGUGUGCUGAAUAAAUAGAAAAUGAGAAAGCUAA